AUGGAGUUCCCUUUCGACGUGGACCUGCUCUUCGGCGAGCGGAUCGCGACGGUGGACCAGCGCUUGCAGCCGUCGGGCAGAAAGGGAGCCGGGCUCGGCGCGUCUCGCAGAGCUGAUAUGCAGCAACAACUCAUGAAGAUCAUAGAUGAGAUGGGCAAAGCCUCUGCCAAGGCCCAGAAUCUGCCAGCUCCGAUUACCAGUGCCUCACGGAUGCAAACCAACUGCCAUGUGCUCUACAUCCUGAAAGACAGUGAAGCAAAAAUGACUGGGAAAGGGAUUAUAAUUGGCUUCCUCAAAGUUGGUUACAAAAAACUCUUUGUAUUGGACCGUCAAGGGGCCCACAAUGAAGUGGAACCUCUGUGCGUGCUGGAUUUCUACAUUCACGAGUCUCUUCAACGGCACGGCUACGGCAAGGAGCUCUUCCAUUACAUGCUGCAGCGAGAGCGAAUAGAGCCCUAUCAGUUGGCAAUCGACCGGCCAUCAGAAAAACUUCUGUGCUUCCUACGGAAACACUAUAGCCUCAGUGACACAAUCCCCCAGGUGAAUAAUUUUGUAAUUUUCCAGGGCUUUUUCAGCCACCAGCAUGCUCCAGCAAGAAAGCUGCCUCUCAAACGCCCCGAGGGAGACAUAAAGCCAUAUUCGCUGUCAGAUCGAGAAUUCUUGAAGGAAGAGACUGAGCCACCUUGGCCCUUCAACCAGUCUCGGGCACUGACCCGCUCUAGCAGUGUGGGGAAUUCUCCAGUGCGAGGCUGCCUCAAACCUUUUCUCAACGAGCAAGAGUUGCUGAAGAACUUGCGUCUCUGUCCCCCACAUGCAGCUGCCCAACAUCUGAUCAAUGGUGAUCCGGGCAACUUGCUUUCACAGAGGCGGAGAACCAGGUGAUAUAAAGAAUAACCC